AUGAAACACGUUACUAAACAACUCUUGAAUAACGAACUACAAAGACUAGUUUUGCUGAAACAACUGACAGUGUUAGAAAUGAAAGAGGAAAAACUCAAGACUCAGCUAAACUGA